AUGUCUACUACAGAUGCUGCCCAAGAUGACGCACCCCGCGAUCUUACUACCAAUCCCGCGGCCCCUCCAGGCCAGUCUCUAACUGGAAAACAAGAGCACUAUCUCAAACGAGAGCUCAUAUCCGAACAAGUCAACUGGGAAAUAUCCGAACUAAAUUCCCCCACAGCACUUCGCAGAUUUGGUGCGCCCUUCAAGUCAGAAUUCGGAGAGGUGUCACCCUAUGAUUCUGAGCUCCCCAUUCUACGUUACAUUUUCGUACACCAUGUGCGAGAGUUCCCAUUCCUGGAUAAGGCGAAGGAGAAGGAGUUCUGGCAGGAUAAACUACAGGUGUUUCUCGAGUCGUUCGCUAGCAAAAACAUUUCGUCCUCCGAAGACCGAUUAGAAGAGACCAAACGCCGCAAGUUAGCUUUAAAAUGUCGAAAGUUAGUCGAAUUGAUGAUGGUGUCGGGAGUCCGCACAGCUUCCGGGUUCGAAGAGCGGAUAAGGUUCGCAGAGAUGGAAAUCAUAGACCGCGAUGCCAUCGAUACAGGGAUGUUGAAUACCAUGCCAGAGGGUAACUACGCCAAUGGAUGGGAUGUCAACGUUGCCGGAGUUCGUAUCACGCUGAUCAAGAGAAAUAUCAGACGCCACAAACAUGCAGAAUUUUUACUGCGCGUAAAGCGGAGAGGCGAGCUUGAAUAUUUCAUAGGCAGACGAUACGGUGAUUUCGCCCGAUUGCAUAGGCAGCUACGGACGGAACUCCCAGGGAAAGUUCUCCCACCUUUACCAAAGAAGAAUAAGUCAGACACGCCCGCGUCAAACUUGUUAUCGCGUAUGACCGACGGGGGCGAUGAUUCCGAUGAUUCAUCAAUCUCAUCUGUUUCUACAGCGGCGCCAGGUAAUGGUUUCACGGAUUCAAUGAAGAACUUAACGGUUCGGGAUCACCGUAGAAAUAAAUCAACAGCUUCUAGCCGUGCGUCACCGCGUCCAUCCAUGGAAAGUCGUAUGAGUCUGGCUCUAAGCCCUAAAGUCGAGAAUGCUAUGCUUUGGCGUGAGAACCAACGUAUAUCACUUAGAGCAUACUUGCGGUAUCUACUGCAUAAUCCCCAAAUAGCACAGACUAAAGCCCUACGGCAAUUCUUAACGCAUGAUCCACUCACACCAACGGACGAAGACGUCGAUGAUAUCCUCCGGCGCAAAGCUGUUGACGAGAAACGUAUGGAGGAACAGAAGCAGUUCUACGAAAUAGCGAGGAAAAGAGCUGCUGAACUGGACGUAUAUAUGGAACAGUUCCGCCAAGACAUUGUCGAGCGUAAUGGGUUGACAAAGCUUCUUCAAGAAAUCAAAGAAAAGGAUACUAUUCAAGAUUUAGAUCUUCAAUACCAGAAGUUCGCCGAAUGGCUCCGUAUCGAAAUUGCCGCAACCGUUUACCAUCUUUUCCUCGCCGAAGACAAUUCGCCAGAGUUGUUUGCUCAACUUAAGCGAAUCCAUUCUCUGAUACCUUACACGAUCAUGAAGAAUGUUAUCCGAAUUGCAAAUCCUGCUGCUGUCAUGUCGGCGGCACUCGACAUAUUCUUGGCACAGCCUUUCGGCUCUCGUUCUCUUAUGCAACGCAUUUUCUCAUUGACUUUGAACGAUGGAAUUCGAACCCAGCAAAGGGCGAUCGACGCUGUAGCCGCCAAAAUAGGAGACGACGCCUUCGUGCAAAAACUGAAGCAAUUUACAGACGCUGAAGAACAAAUCAAAGUUGCUAUUAGAGAAGAAGCCGAGUCGGAGAGCGUGGAUAUUAUUGUAGUUAUACUACGCUCUGAUCUAUUUGAACCUUCACUCAAUUCUGACCAGAUUGGGAGAUUGUACAAUGCUUAUAUCGCUUUUAUUAACGCGGUAGAGAAUACUGACGAGGAAUUUAAGCAAGGCGCUCAACUAUUCUCAUACUUAAAGCAAUUGUUGAAACUACAGACUAGACAGCGCGACAAGGCAAUGAUGCUCAGUCUAAUUGAGGAACCCACAACUUUACAAUUGCUCCGAGACCUUUUCACCAUCUUUUACGAACCCCUCGUGCGAGUGUACAAGUCAGCCAAUGUAUACAACAGCAUCACGGACUUUGCCGUUUUCAUUGAUGACAUGAUUCAGGUUGUUGAGAAAUGCAGAGAACAGGAUGCUUCGGCUGAUCCUAAUCAAACUGUGCAGGCUUUCAUUGAUCUCUGCCAACGCCACGAGCAUAACUUUUACAAGUUUAUUCACGAGGUUCAUUCGCACGACAACGGCCUCUUUACCCAACUGAUGGGUUGGAUUGAGGGGAUUCUGGAAUUUCUGAGAAAGGGACCAGCUGGUGGGGCAUUAGACAUGAAUGCCCUAUUUGAAGGAGGCGUCGCGAGUGGCAACUUGGACAGGGAGAAGGCAAUCGAGGAGAUAAAUCAACUCAUUUCUUGGCAAGAAGCCCGCAAGAAAUGGCACCACGAUAAAACUCGACAGAAGAUGGCCGCCGAGGGAUCGGUUAAUAUCGACAGUGGCUUGCCAGGUAUGACCAAUUUCCACGCCAGUGACUUUGGUCUUAACGAGAUGGAUUUAGAAGACAUGAGUUAUGAUGAUGGAUCCAAUGACGAGGCGGAGGCAGAGGAAGAGGAUGAACUCGACCCUAUAGAAGCUGAAAGGCGUAGAAGAGCCAAGAGACAGGACCGUCUCAAGGCUCGUGCUGGCGAGCCGCAGAAGCCGCCCGUCAGUGAGGUUCAUAAUUUACGAGAAAACUUUAUCGAGAUGCUCCGGCAGUUCUCGAGAGUAGCCAAGUGCCAGGCUAGAACCUUCUCUUCUACGCGACCUGUCUCUCGGAUCAUCGCGAAUAACCCAUUGCGGGCCAAGGAAGCGCCCGUGCAUGUGAGCAGUAAAUACCCGGUUAUCGACCACGAAUACGAUGCUAUCGUCGUCGGUGCGGGCGGUUCCGGAUUGCGAGCAGCGUUCGGUCUUGCGGAGGCGGGUUUCAACACAGCUUGUAUAUCCAAACUCUUCCCCACGCGAAGUCAUACCGUCGCCGCGCAAGGUGGUAUCAAUGCCGCCCUAGGAAACAUGCACGAGGACGACUGGAGGUGGCACAUGUACGAUACUGUGAAGGGUUCAGAUUGGCUCGGUGACCAAGAUGCUAUUCAUUACAUGACAAGAGAGGCCCCCGCGUCGAUUAUUGAGCUAGAGAACUACGGAUGCCCAUUCUCGAGAACGGAAGAUGGCAGGAUGCAAGUCCCCUUCGGACUUUCUAGAUACCAACGUGCUUUCGGUGGACAGUCGCAGAAGUUCGGAAAAGGUGGCCAGGCAUACCGCUGCUGUGCUGCUGCUGACCGAACAGGUCACGCUCUUCUACACACUCUAUAUGGUCAAUCUCUGCGACACAGCACUAACUACUUCAUCGAGUUCUUCGCCAUCGAUUUAAUUAUGGAAGAUGGAGAAUGCCGAGGUGUCCUAGCUUACAACCAGGAAGAUGGUACACUUCACAGGUUCCUUGCGCAAAAUACCGUUUUAGCCACCGGUGGUUACGGUCGAGCAUACUUCAGCUGCACGUCGGCGCAUACUUGCACUGGUGACGGUAUGGCCAUGGUUGCUCGUGCUGGUCUCCCCAACCAAGAUCUCGAAUUCGUCCAAUUCCACCCCACAGGUAUCUACGGAGCUGGUUGUCUGAUCACGGAAGGUUCCCGAGGUGAGGGUGGAUACCUACUCAACUCCGAAGGUGAACGAUUUAUGGAGCGAUAUGCACCCACAGCAAAGGAUUUGGCUAGUCGUGAUGUUGUCUCGCGAUCCAUGACACUGGAAAUCCGUGAAGGACGAGGUGUUGGACCCGAAAAGGACCACAUCUACCUCCAAUUGAGCCACUUACCCGCCGAAAUUCUCGCUGAGCGUCUACCUGGUAUCUCCGAGACUGCCGCUAUCUUCUCCGGUGUCGACGUUCGCAAACAGCCUAUCCCCGUCCUACCGACUGUCCAUUACAACAUGGGUGGUAUCCCCACGAGAUAUACUGGUGAGGUUCUUACUGUCGAUGAGAGCGGCAAUGAUAAGGUUGUCCCUGGUCUAUUUGCCUGCGGUGAGGCUGCUUGUGUCUCUGUCCACGGCGCCAACCGACUUGGUGCCAACUCCCUGUUGGAUCUUGUCGUAUUCGGACGAGCUGUUUCCCACACUAUUCGUGACAAGUUUACUCCCGGAGCUAAGCCCAAGCCCAUAAGCGCCGAUGCUGGUGCGGACUCGAUUGAGGUUCUUGACCAGAUCCGCAACUCCGAUGGACCCAAGAGCACAGCUGAAAUCCGACUUGCUAUGCAAAAGGCUAUGCAAACGGAUGUGAGCGUGUUCCGUACACAAGAGAGUUUGGACGAGGGUGUAAAGAAGGUCAAUGAGAUCGAUGGUACAUACUCUCAGGUUGGAAUCAAGGACCGAAGCAUGAUCUGGAACUCAGACCUUGUUGAGACCCUUGAGUUAAGGAAUCUGCUCACUUGCGCCACUCAAACCGCUACUGCUGCUGCUAACCGAAAGGAAUCCCGUGGUGCUCAUGCCCGAGAAGACUACCCGGACCGAGAUGAUGAGAACUGGAUGAAGCACACUCUUACUUUCCAAAGGAAGCCCCAUGGCCCGGUUGAUAUUGCAUACAGGAGAGUCAUCGGCACAACACUGGACGAAAAUGAAUGCAAGGCCGUCCCACCAUUUAAGCGAACAUACUAG